AUGUUCCAAGAGAUGCGAGAUGCCCUCGGAAUAGAGAAAGGGGUCGAUAUAAUUCACCAUAUCCGAGGCCUGCCCACCUUCACGGCCAGGACAGACGCCAUCGCGAUUGUUCGUGACAUUGAGCGCAAGGCAAUGGUAAAACAAGUUCCUCAGCCAGGACUUGUCGAGCUUAUGGACUAUCUCAAUUCUAAGGGUGUCAGACGGGCGCUGUGUACACGCAACUUUGAUGGCCCGGUAAACCAUCUUAUCAAGUCUCACCUGGCUACUCAUGUAUUUGCACCAAUUAUAACUCGGGAUACACCGAAUAUCAUGCCUAAGCCCGACCCGGCUGGGAUACUGCACAUUGCACGAGCAUGGGAGCUAGAGGAUGCUAGUGGUUUGAUCAUGGUUGGUGAUAGCUUGGAUGAUAUGACAGCUGGACAUAAAGCCGGAGCCGCCACUGUGCUUCUCUUGAAUGAGCGGAACCGAGACCUCAAGGACCAUGAACAUACCGACCUUUGUAUUGAACGUCUGGAUGAAUUGAUCAACAUGCUAGAUUUACGAAGUAGAACUACGGAGUAUGCAAAAGACAAUGAGCUUUUACCUUGCAUUUGUGAUAAUGAUAUGAGGGAAGUCUCACAGGAGGAUGCACUGAAACCCCCCUCGACUGUUGACUCUGGCACUGUAACUUUCUGUAUUUUCGGUGCUGUUAUGAAGCACAUGCACAAGCGGCUGCCAAUUCCAGUAUUGGCUGGAGCUGCAGCAUUGGUAUGGCAUCUCCUGUGGAAACUGUGCCUUGAUCGGUCACAGGGCACCGAGACUCUUAACAAGAUAGUCUGGAAAAUCCAGCAAAUCUGA